CCAAGUACUUGCUUCUGUUUUCUUGCUGCAAUAAAAUGUCGUGAGAUUUUUUUUUUUUUUUUGCAUUAUAAAAAGAAAUAUAGCUUGGUUUUAUUUUUCUGGUUGUAGAUCCUCUUGUAUUGUUACUCUCUCUCUCUCUCUCCCUUCUUAGCACUUGGCACUGUUCUGCCUGAACAACUCAGAUUUACGAAAACUCCGCCAUUUAGAAUUGCUUUUAAUCGAUGAUAGCUUCGAUUUCUUUGGUGGGUUUGCCUAAGAUUGAAAGCUACGAGCUUAUUCGUCUUGAGAAACCCAGAAAAACGCAUCUCUUCUCAUCAAUGGAGGUGGCGUUUUUCUUGGUAUAGACUAUAGAUCGCAUUUUCCCGAGCAGAAACCUCAUAUAUCUUCUUUAACCAAUCUGAGCUGCUGAUUCCUGUUCCGUUUUAUCAUUUGGCCUUCUGGGUUCGUCUCUAUUUCUCCAAUGGCGGCUUCCUCUGUUUCUUCUCCUCUCUGUACAUGGUUAGUCGCUGCUUGCAUGUCAGUUGCCUGCGAGAAAGAGCACUCUCCGAAGCCUUCUCUAUUUAUGUCUUCUAAGAGAUUGAGCAGGUGGGCUAGGAGGAGGAGGAUUGUUUCGAAAUGCAGUGGUGGAGGUGAUGAUUUUCCGAGAAAUUUGAUUUCGUCGUUCUGUGGGUCGAGUAUUCAAGGUCUCAUGAGCUCUUGCUUGGCUUUUGAGCCCUGCGAGAAAUAUUACAGUUCUAAGGGUAUCUCUUCUUUAACACUUUUUGGUGAUAAUGGCUUCUCGCUGUUCAGUUCGAAGAAUGGGCCGAUGACACGCAGGCAGAAGCGGAUAAACCGAGCCACCCACUCAGGGAAAGCCAUGGCUGUAGCUGUACAACCUGCAAAAGAAGUUGCAACCAAGAAAAAGCCUCUAAAAAAACAAAGGAGAGUUGUUGUAACAGGGACGGGAGUGGUGACCCCGAUUGGUCAUGAUCCAGAUAUCUUCUACAAUAAUCUACUUGAGGGGAUAAGUGGUAUAAGUGAGAUUGAGGCAUUCAAUUGUGCCCCUUUUCCAACGAGAAUUGCUGGAGAAAUCAAGUCUUUCUCAACAGAUGGAUGGGUUGCACCUAAGCUUUCUAAAAGGGCAGACAAAUUCAUGCUUUACAUGCUCACAGCUGGAAAGAAAGCCUUGGCAGAUGGUGGGAUUACAGAGGAAGUCAUGGAGGAGUUAAAUAAGGCUAGAUGUGGUGUUUUAAUUGGCUCUGCAAUGGGUGGCAUGCAGGUUUUUAAUGAUGCAAUAGAAGCUCUAAGGGUUUCAUAUAAGAAGAUGAAUCCCUUCUGUGUGCCUUUUGCUACUACGAAUAUGGGUUCUGCCAUGCUUGCUAUGGAUCUGGGAUGGAUGGGUCCAAAUUAUUCAAUCUCAACUGCUUGUGCAACAAGCAACUUUUGUAUACUUAAUGCUGCAAACCAUAUUAUCAGAGGUGAAGCUGACAUGAUGCUUUGUGGUGGCUCUGAUGCAGCAGUCAUACCUAUAGGCUUGGGGGGCUUUGUUGCAUGCAGAGCACUUUCACAGAGAAAUAGUGAUCCAACUAAAGCUUCACGCCCUUGGGACAUUGAUCGUGAUGGAUUUGUUAUGGGAGAGGGAGCUGGUGUCCUGCUUUUAGAAGAACUAGAACAUGCUAAGAAAAGAGGUGCAAAUAUCUAUGCAGAAUUUCUUGGUGGAAGCUUCACUUGUGAUGCUUAUCAUAUGACUGAGCCUCAUCCUGAUGGGGCUGGUGUUGUUCUUUGCAUAGAUAAAGCCUUAGCUCAGUCUGGGGUAGCUAGAGAAGAUGUCAAUUAUGUAAAUGCACAUGCUACAUCAACACAGGCUGGUGAUCUCAAAGAGUACCAAGCACUUAUUCGUUGCUUUGGCCAGAAUCCUGAGCUAAGAGUAAACUCCACAAAAUCAAUGAUUGGUCACCUACUAGGAGCUGCAGGUGCUGUUGAAGCUGUUGCAACAGUACAGGCUAUACGGACAGGGUGGAUCCAUCCAAACGUUAAUCUUGAAAACCCUGAUAAAGGCGUGGAUACAAGUGUGCUGGUUGGCCCCAAGAAGGAACGGCUGGACGUAAAAGUAGCACUAUCUAAUUCAUUUGGCUUUGGCGGCCAUAACUCAUCAAUCUUGUUUGCUCCUUAUAAGUAAACCUGGUGGGCAACUCCAACUUUGGCUCGAGGGUGAAGGUAUGUUAUCUUGGCAUUCUCUUGGCUUAUUUUCAUUGUCCAAAAUUUGAGAACAGGAACAAGCCAAGAUUUGUGUAUUGUAGAUGGGAGUCCCCAGAGAGCUUUUCAGCUCUAUUUCUCCUUGGUUGCUUUAUAAACCUUUACAUGAUUAAUGAUAGGAACUACAGAUUGAUUACGCUCA